ACUUGCAGGCUAGGCGGUAGACAAGCGUAAAAAAGUAGUGAUUGUUUUAAGGGAGUAGUGAUUAUAGACACAUAAGAGGCUCGCCGUCGCUUCCUCCCCAAAACCUUGAGCGGCGUAUUUCUGCCGAUGAGCGAAAGCUGGGGAGGGGGAGGGGGGCUGUCACGACGGAGGCUGGGCGCUGGGGCAGCGCUCCUCUCUCCAUCCCCCAGCCAUCCGCCAGGCUCCGAGCUGCAUCCCUCAUCGCAGCGGAUCUCCAUCCCACGCCAUCCGUCCUCCAGCGUACUUAAGGCGCCGGGCUGCUAGACAUUCCCCGUGAAGGCUCGCUGCCGGUGCUGACCACAAGAGCCAAGUCUGAAACAGCAGUCGCUGACCGUGGUCCUGAAGCCACUGGCUGCUAACCGGGAGGACCACAACUAGACCUGUUUGCUUUUGAAGCAUCACUAGGACAAGGCCAGCGCAGUUUCUAAGGGGCACCACCAGAGGUCAGGCUUUGUUUACCCUUGUCUUUCAACAUGGAUGACGGCUACAGGGACAGAACUGCCUUCAUACGGGGCGCCAAGGACAUUGCCAAAGAGGUGAAGCGGCAGGCGGCGAAGAAGGUUGGGCGAGGAGUGGACAGAAUGUCGGACGAGUACUCCAAGCGCUCCUACACGCGCUUUGAGGAGGAUGAUGAUGACGACUACCCAGUGCAGGGCCAGGACGGGGGCUACUACCGUAGUGACAGCCGGGCCAACGAUGACGAGGGUGCCCAUAGCGACUCCACUGAGGGCCAUGACGAGGAUGACGAGAUCUACGAGGGCGAGUACCAGGGCAUCCCUCGGGCAGACUCGGGCAAAGAGGACGGCCAGCUGGGUGGGUCCGGGGUGCCGGCGGGUGCUCAGUUCCGGGACUUUGGCGAGAUGGCGGGCGAGCGCCGGAAGGAUCAGGAAGAACUGGCGCAGCAGUAUGAGACCAUCCUGCAGGAGUGCGGCCACGGCCGGUUCCAGUGGACCCUCUACUUCGUGCUGGGCCUGGCACUCAUGGCCGACGGCGUGGAAAUCUUCGUGGUGGGCUUUGUGCUGCCGAGCGCUGAGAAGGACAUGUGCCUGUCCGAGCCCAACAAGGGCAUGCUGGGGCUGAUCGUGUACCUGGGCAUGAUGGUCGGUGCAUUCCUCUGGGGGGGGCUGGCCGACCGCAUCGGCCGCCGGCAGUGCCUGCUUAUAUCCCUCUCCAUCAACAGCGUCUUCGCCUUCUUCUCCUCUUUCGUCCAGGGAUACAGCACUUUCCUGUUCUGCCGCCUGCUCUCAGGCGUCGGGAUCGGUGGCUCCAUCCCCAUCGUCUUCUCCUACUACUCGGAGUUCUUGGCCCAGGAGAAGCGCGGCGAGCACUUGAGCUGGCUCUGCAUGUUUUGGAUGAUCGGGGGCAUCUAUGCCUCCGCCAUGGCCUGGGCCAUCAUCCCCCACUACGGCUGGAGUUUCCAGAUGGGUUCGGCCUACCAGUUCCACAGCUGGCGCGUGUUCGUACUGGUGUGCGCCUUCCCGUCAGUGGCCGCCAUCGGCGCCCUCACCACCAUGCCGGAGAGUCCACGCUUCUUCCUGGAGAAUGGGAAGCAUGACGAGGGCUGGAUGGUUCUGAAACAGGUGCAUGACACGAACAUGAGGGCCAAGGGAUACCCAGAGAGAGUCUUCUCUGUCACCUCCAUCAAGACAGUGAAGCCGAUGGACGAGCUGGUGGACAUGGGAGGAGACGCAGCAGUGUGGCACAAGCGCUGGAAGAUGAAGCUGCUCAGCCUUUUCCAGCAGGUGUGGAGUAACUUCCAGGCGUGCUUCGCCCCGGAGUAUCGGCGCACCACCCUCAUGAUGAUGGCUGUGUGGUUCACCAUGUCCUUCAGUUACUACGGCCUGACGGUUUGGUUCCCUGACAUGAUCAAGUAUCUGCAGAAGCAGGAUUACGCCAGUCGCACCAAGGUCUUCACCAAGGAGCGUGUGGAGCAUGUCACCUUCAAUUUUACCCUGGAGAACCAGAUCCACCGCAAUGGCCGCUACUUCAACGACAAGUUCAUCAACAUGAAGAUGAAGGCCAUGGUGUUUGAGGACUCUACGUUUGAGGAGUGUUUCUUUGAGGACAUCACAUCGAGCAACACGUUCUUCAAGAAUUGCACCUUCAUCUCCACUCUCUUUUACAACACAGAUCUGUUCAAGUACAGGUUGAUCAACAGCCGUCUGGUAAACAGUACCUUCCUGCACAACAAGGAAGGCUGCAUCCUGGACUUCAGCGACGACAAUAACGCCUACAUGAUCUACUUCGUCAGCUUUCUGGGCACGCUUGCUGUCUUGCCUGGCAACAUCGUGUCCGCCCUGCUAAUGGACAAGAUCGGACGUCUGAGGAUGCUCGCGGGAUCCAGCGUGAUGUCAUGUAUCAGCUGUUUCUUCCUGUCGUUCGGCAGCAGCGAGUCGGCCAUGAUUGCUCUACUCUGCCUAUUCGGCGGUAUCAGUAUCGCCUCUUGGAAUGCCUUGGAUGUCCUGACGGUGGAGCUGUACCCUUCGGAUAAACGAACAACGGCGUUUGGUUUUCUCAACGCACUCUGCAAACUGGCAGCUGUUCUGGGCAUCAGCAUCUUCACCUCUUUUGUGGGCAUCACCAAAGCCGUGCCCAUCCUGUUCGCCUCGGGGGCACUGGCCGCCGGCAGCUUCCUGGCCCUCAAGCUGCCCGAGACACGGGGCCAGGUGCUGCAGUAGGGCGCUGCCACCAGCAGAGGGAGGAGUGGAGCCAGAGCAGCCUCACUGUGACCUGAGCCCACCCAAGCCCCAGCCCCAUAAUCCCAGGUGACUGCGAGGGGGCCACGUGUUGCGAGCUACAACAUAAACCACAAAACAACCGUCUUCAUUAUUCGGAAACCAGUGACAAUCACUUUUCAGCUGCUUCGAGGUCGAGUAUGUUUUCGAGGUUAAGAAGCCCUUUCUUAAAGUCCAAGUGGAUGCUGUGGUCUGUGUUGAGCUGAAACAUAUGUUGUUUGGGCUAAACUGGAGCAUCCUCUCCCAAGAGCUGAGCAAACAGUUCUCAACACGUAAAAAAAUUUUUGGUUUCUUAACUUUAUUGUGUUGUCCAUAUACUCAGCAAAUAUUCAAUAUGUGGCCACAUAUCACUGUCCUGUCCAACAGUCAACUGUACAUGACAGAGAUAUAUCCCCCCAAUUUGUACAGCACAAAGCUUCACAUUACUAGGCAAACCAUCUUCAGGAAUUAUUUAUCCAACUGGAAAAUUGGAAACAUGAUUAGCAUCCAUUCUUCAGCAUGAAGAAAUGAAGUUGUCCCUGGAACUAUGGGGCGGGAUUGGUGGCCUUAACUUUGAGCCAUGCAAAAUUUUCCCUUUCCUAUUCAAUAAAGACACAUUUUACUCAGAAAGCUACCACAAUUACCCAUCACAUAUACAAUGGACUGCGGACAGCCAAGGUCACCUUCACGCCUUCUUUUGGUAGCUGAAAUUUUUCCCAUGAGGCCGAGGGGCAGCUGCUCUUUGCAUUUUAGAUGACCUUCAUCUGAAGGUACUGAUGUCCAUGGCAACUGGGUAAAUCCUUUGAUACCCAGGCUAGCUGAACCAAGGCCAGUUUUACCCCCUUUACCAGUGAAAAUGCAGAGAAAUUGUUUCUUACAAUAACUGUAGCUUAACUGCCAUUAAUAGAUCUAGAACAUUCCAGGUUUACUUUCUCGUGAUCAGGGUAGAGGGAUAACAGCACUUUUCAGUUCAGCUGAAGCAGAAACAAAAUAACUGAACUUUUAUUCUUGGGUGAAACCACUUAAAAUUAGUUUUUAUUGAAAACUAUGAUGUUCUGCCAGUCAGUCUGUGUAGCAUUCAGAAAUGCUUGCAAAGCCGAUUUUGAGACUGGUGAAAUUUGCUGUUUAUCUUAAUGUACGCUCCAGAUCUCACCAUAUUCUGCCAUUGUGGAAUAGUGGUCUGCUAGUGGGGGGAGAUGAGCCUUACAGCACUGCAGUUUGAGCGCGUAGCUCACUGGCGUUUUGGACGGCUUCCUAGAAUUUUUCUGAUGUCCUUGAAAAUCGCGGACGGACCUGGGGGGUGAAUUACAUUCAGGACAUUGACUUGCUUCAAUAUUAUCCCGCCUCCCCUUUUGCCGGAACGCCAUGAGUGACUGGUUUCUGUUUUAGUGUUUUUCAAACCUCAAACAAUCAUACUCACCACAACAAACCAAGGCAAUUAGCAGUACAUAAAAAAUAUAAACAGUUCCCUUAUGCCUCCAUUAUUAUCAAAGGAAUACUUAAUAAUUAAUUAAUUAUCAUGAAUUAAUUAUUUAUUAUUUAAUAAUUAAUUAUAUUAAUAAUAAUCAAGUGAAGGAGGGAGCAAAAACAUGGACCAUCGGUGGGUCUCCAGGGACCGGGCUGGGAAACACUGCUAUAAAUAAUUAUUUUAUUAAAUAAUGAUAAUAAUCACGUGAAUGCUUUUAAGAAGGCAAUUAAAGGGGCUUGUAUGCAGGACUUCAAAAUCCAAAACGUGAGAAAUAACCGUUUUGAUAUGAAGCGUUGCCACAAUACGAUCUAACCGUGGUCCAGCAUGUGAGUUGAUGUCGUUUGUUUAGUUUUAUCUGAGUGCAUGUAUAUCAUACACAUGGUAAGACUGAGGUGCUGAUACUCAUUGGGCUGUUUUAACUAUGAGCCAUCUUGGGUCUUCUCUUCACAGACCUUUAUCACCCAGUUUAACCCUGCCCACAUUCUACAGUACAUAGCCACGCCCCAUUAUGUUGUGACCACAUCCUUGUUCUGCGUAGCCACACCCACUUCACAUAGCCCCACCCCUAGUCUUUGAAGCCAAACCAAAUGUGCACCUUCUCUGUUUUGGUUGUGUAGUUAUCAACAGCGUUAGGUAUGCGUGUUUUGAUAGGAGACCAAUUGUCAAUGGACGUGAGUGAGAGUGUCGUCUUUCAAACCGUCCAAAGAAAUUGGGCAAAAGAUUUAGAAAAGCACAACGUGGUCCAAACAGAUAUUACCAAUGUAGGUUUCUUUUUAAAAUAAUUUAUGAUAUAUAAACGUAAAUAAAUGAAAACCUGAAAAGAGGUAUUGUUACUAUUAUUGUGGGGGAAAAUGUUCUAGCUAUUUCAAAAGAAUAUAAAGUAAAAGAGAGAAUAAAUAAACUUCCUGUUUCAGUUUAUGUAAAACUGUAGCAAGACGAUUAGUCUUAGAUUUAUAUAUGAUAUAUGUAUAUAUUUUGGUUUAUUUAUUGAUAGUGGGUAAAAUCACAUUGUUUUAAAGCAGACAGAUCUAUUUUAUUGAUAUGCGGUGUAUUUGUUAUUGUUGUCUUUCACGUCUUAUGCCAUGAAUAUGGAGACUCUGGAGUGUAUUCAUAUAAAGUAUCUAUGGGCAAAUGAGUGUGUGAGUCAGCCUGUGUGUGCAUAUGCAGUCUGAGUAUACUAUUAAAUGUAUUCUCAUUUUUUUUAUUUUUCUACCUAUUUAACACCUGUGUAUAAUUGAAGUCCAGUUGUUGAUUGUUUUGUGAUAAAUGUUACUAAAGGGAGUGGAAGUGAGGACAGUUUUCAGAGCUGCUGUGAGGAGAGCUGGAAGACCUUCUCAUGCUCAGAAAGCUUUGACAGUCAUUGUCUCCGGGCUCCUGGCUGAUCCUGAUGUGGCUCCAGUUUAUCUAACAUCUGAAUUUCCCAGCCUCCAUAUCCACACGUUUCUGCAGUUUUAACGCUGGAUUUUAACUGGUGCUGGAGUUAUUUUUAACAUUUAAAUGAUAGAUUUUUUUUUUUUAGUUUUCUAAAGCAUGUAAACAUGGUUGGAAACUAUCUGCGAUUAUUAGUGAAAAGAACAUUUUAAAUUCAAGCAAACAAACAAACAAACUGCUUUUGUCUUUCAGAUGUAUGACAGCAUUAGGCAGCAGAUUCAAACACUUCAUGCUGUAUCCGUUUUUUUUUGGUUUCAAAGUUGUGGUUGCAAAAAUGUUUUUGUUUUUUGCUUUGAUGUCCUUUGAGUAGGGGCUGGUGGUGGGUACAGCUGGCUUUUUGGUGAAUUCCACAGGACACACUGGCAUCCAAGUGACCUCCUCAUAUUUCUCCAUUGUGCCUCCUGAUCUGCCAGAUGUUAGCUGGUUCUUUCGAUGGUCUCCGCUUGGCUUCCUCGCGGAACGCUGACAGAGGAUAAUUUCAUUUUCGGAGAACAAAUUCAAAACAACUGACACAAAUACUUUUACACUAGCAGUUAACCAUGACCACGGCAACGUGACCAUUCUUGUGGUCCAGCAUCUCCUGAAACAACCGAUGUCCAGACGGCUCACUUCACAUGCUAGAAGUGGAAGUCCUGCGGUUCUGCCUUUUGUAGCCUCGAUGAGCAUAGAGAUAGAAAAGCCCACAAACAAAACAGGGUUUUCACGCCAUAAAGAUGUCUUUAUAUUAACCAGGGAAUAGCCAGCAACAGCAGAACAUUAGAUUUGUACUCUAUGUUCUGAAAUCUAAGGGCGACUUGUGAGCUCGGAGGGCAAAGCAGUGGAAAGGUAGCAGUGGACCAAAAAAGCACUAAAAAACGAAUUUACUGUGAGCACAAUGCUACACAACCUGCCCAUUCAUCGCCACAGUAGGGCUCUGUGACAGUAUGCCGUGCUCAUUCUAACACAUUUGGCCUCCUGAUUGGUGGAUGUCAAAAUGCCAUGUUAGUGUCAGUCUUUCCAGGGCUCUGUUCUGCUUAGUCCAUCCAACAUUCAAUUUAACUGUCCAUCAUGCGGCUGUGCUGUCAACUGUCCACUUGGGGUGCAACUGUACCCCCUCACACUACCACUGCCCCCCCCCCCCCCCCCAACUGUAAUGACAAUCAGGACGCGUCCCGUCUGCCAUGUCUGUUGAAACCCUCGAUUUUUCAUCGCCUUUUUUUUUCACUUGGCUUCUCCUCUCUUGUUUUCCUCCUCUAGAAUAAAUGGCUCAGCAGAGAGUGAAAUGCAUUUUCUCUGAAAUGAAAGGUGAUAAAAUAGUGGAACAUUAUUGAUGGUAUUGGACUGGUCUAGAUAGGUUACUACAGCUCCUGGUUGUUGUUAUUAAACAAUGUUAGAAAUAGUAUUUGGUUUCUUCCAGUUCAUCAAACCCACAAAGAGACUGAUGUCUUCUUAAACUCGUAAAAAUAUUUUUUAGUGACCAGCUGAACACUUCAUUAUGAAGUAACAAAGAAUAUGACAGCAUUUACUGUAAUUUGUUUCGGUUCUGGGCACGGCCACCAAACCAGGCCAGCUGUGAUCCCAGCCCCCCUCCCUUAAAAGCACAUUGACUUUGGAAAAAUGGAUUAAUAUUGGCUGUCAGUUAGGAAGGAUGCGUAGCAUGCUUGUAGUCAGAAAUGUCUUUCCUAUAUCGAUCGUGUGUUUAUUUGCUAAAUCCUAAUAUGACGCAUUGAUCUGUUUCUCUGUCGUGCAACAUCGAUCCCCGUGUGAUGCUAAACGAUUUCUGCAGAGUGGUACAGCUUGGUUCUGUUUCCAUCCUCCUUGAUAAACCUUUACGUAACGCAUAACUAUAUAUAUAUAUUUUUUUGUAAUUCUGGGGGUGUGGUUUGACCGAUUUUUCCAUUCGGGGACUGGGGACUGACAUUAUGUGCAAGCUAAUCAAAGCAAUAAUAGAUACAAGAGUUUCCGCUGCUCGGGCUCCACUGCCGAGACCUCGCUGUGAAGUUAGGCGCACUGAGACGCUGCACGUUUCUCUACACACCAGGCUACAUACGGAUAAGAUCCAUGUGUCCGGGUCCUCGCCAAAAGAGCCCCCAGUUCUGUUAAAGCUCCUAUCAAAUAUCGGUUCUGUUUUGCCAUUAUUUCAACGUGAGUGGGAUCUUAACAUGUUAUCAUUGUACUGUGCUGUAGAAAAUCGUAGGUGUUUGUAUGUGAAUGUAUAAAUAAGUGGGGAAAAAAACAUUAAAAAGCCACAAAAAACAACGACCUAAAUUCCAGAACACUAUUGUAUGUUGUCUUUAAUUUGUGUGUUUUGUAAAAGAGAGUUGGAAAAAAAAGACCUGAAUAAACAUCAGUAACAAAUACUACUGGAUAUGGCGAGUAUUUUACUGUAACGCUGUUGAGGUGCUGUGUCACGCUGUGUGGGAGGUUCAUUCCUGUCUUUUUGUUGUCCUUGUUCGGAUUGGCGGAGUUUAAAAUUCUGGUGAUUGACGGUCGAUACUAAACUAAAACUUAUAAGUGCUGUAAUAAAAAAAAAAAUUAAACUGG